ACCUUCUAAUACUUCCACUAGAAGCAAGGCAUCACCAAAUUGGCGCCUUCCCUAUAUUUUCAAAAAUCCACAUUUAAUUGUCCUCUCCAAAUCGCAUUUGAUGAAACCAGAGGAUCUCCUUCAGCGCCUUAGCCCCACCCACACCCAAAAAUGCACCGCCGGCUGCCCAGUUCUCGACCGCUUUCUCGGCGGCGGCAUUCCUUGCAAUUCCAUAACCGAAUUAGUCGCCGAAAGUGGAUGCGGCAAGACCCAAAUCUCCCUCCAGCUUCUCCUCUCCGCUCAACUCCCCACUUCACUCGGCGGUCUCUCCGGCUCCUCCAUAUACCUCUACUCCGAAUCACCCUUCCCCGUCCGCCGCCUCCACCAACUCUCCUCCUCUUUUCCCACUCUCCACAACCCCUUAGAUAAGAUCCUAACCCACCCUCUUCACUCUGCUCACCACCUGUUCGACGUAUUGUCUCAACUAGACUCAUUAUUAUCCUCCCGGUGUGACUCACCUUCUUCUCCCCCAAUCAAGCUAAUUGUGAUCGACUCCAUCGCGGCUUUGUUCCGAUUCGAAUUUGAAAACAACCCACGUGAUCUUAAACAGAGAUCGGGGUUGUUUUUCAGGAUUUCGAGCAAAUUGAAGGAGCAAGCUAGACGGUUUGGACUGGCUGUAGUGGUGAUUAAUCAAGUUGUUGAUGUAAUGAAUGAUUCUGAUGGGUUAAGGAUUGGCAAUUCAACUUGUUUGUAUACAUCUGAGAGAAAAGUAUGUGCUGCAUUGGGCUUGUCAUGGGCAAAUUGUGUUAAUACAAGAUUGUUCUUGUUCAGGCAAGAAGAGAGAAUUGCUCGAGCGGUAAAUGGAGACGAUUGCUUUAGUACACAAACUCGGAGAUUUAUACACGUUGCAUUUGCUCCUCAUCUUCCUGAUUCUUACUGUGAGUUUGUUAUUACUGGAGAAAAGAUUUUUGGUCUAGAUAGAUGAGAGCAUAGGCUUGUACAAACUAUGUACAGAUUAUCUAUUUAACAGCAAAAAGAGCUGGUCUUUGCCUCUC